UUUUGGGACCAGUUGCAGGCUGGCAGCUCCGAUGUGGACUGGUGUGAAGGCAAUUACCUAAUUUACCCCAGCAUUGCUGAAUUUUACAACACGGUCGGUUCUAACGUUAGCUUAACGAUGUGUGAUGUUUGUUUUCUUGCAUAAUACAGUUCUAUAUAAGUUACAGCUAACUAACUCUAGUGCACAGCUUGUCUGUCGUUUUGUUUUUCCUUGUAUUGCACUGCUGUCUUUCAAUAUGAUCCUCUUUUUUUAGCUUCAGCAUCACGUUGUUUACUGUUAGCAUCAGGUUUUAAAUGUUCCUUUUCUCAUUCCCACUGGCUGUCAAGUUUGUUAAAGGCCAGCGAGGCUCGCGCACUCAUCAACUUUUGACAAGCAUGUUGUCAUUGACACGAUCAGUAGUCGACUGUGAUUUUACUUUUGCUCAUAGCUUUUUUAUUUUCCCCUUUUGUUUAUCAUUUCAGAUCAGCAACAUUUUGUUUUUUGUUUUGCCGCCCAUAUUAAUGUGCUUGUUCCGCCAAUAUGCAACACAUUUCAACAGUGGGAUUUACCUCAUAUGGAGUCUACUAGUUGUGGUCGGUAUUGGAUCGACAUAUUUUCACGCCACGCUCAGCUUUCUCGGCCAGAUGCUGGACGAGUUGGCCAUCUUGUGGGUGCUCAUGUGUGCCAUUGCCAUGUGGUUUCCCAAGAGAUACCUACCCAGGAUGUUCAGGAGGGAUCGCUCAAGGUUCAAAGUGGUCAUCGGCAUCUUGUCGGGGAUCACCACUGGGCUGGCCUUCGUGAAACCUGUCGUCAACUCAUUGUCACUCAUGACUCUGGGCAUCCCCUGCACCGUACUCCUCAUUACUGAGCUUAAAAGGUGUGAAAACCCACGUGUGUUCAAGUUGGGUCUGGUCUCAGGGAUCUGGUGGGCACUGGCUCUGCUUUGCUGGAUCAGCGACAGGAUAUUCUGCGAGAUGUGGUCGUCUGUCAACUUCCCCUACUUGCACUGUGCUUGGCACAUCCUCAUUUGUCUGGCUUCCUACUUGGGUUGCGUUUGCUUUGCCUACUUUGACGUUGCGACUGAGGCCCCGGAGCGAGGACCCGUCAUCAUGUUCUGGCCCAACGAGAAAUGGGCCUUCAUCGGAGUGCCCUACAUUUACUUCCUCUGUGUCCACAAGAAGUCUGCUAUCAAGGUGACUUAAGGUGACGCGAGUGUGCAGCUCUGCUUUAACACUUUCUCGCCAAGAUGCAUUCAAACGACACCGCUGUGACUGGGUGAUGUAGGUGAUGCACAUUAAGGCCCAACGGUCCAUCCCUGUCUGGUUUCAUUACACAGCAGUGUUUAUGCAACUCUGUCAAAGAACAAAAGGUGUUACAAAUUAGUCUAACAUGAUGCCAAAAGAGGAACUUUUCAAACAAAAACACUAUCAAAGCCAAGAAACCUUUACAGUGUUCCAAACCUAAUCUCAGGCUUUAUGGUAUCAUGUAAGUAUUAGUAUUAUGCAUUUCUGGCUUCUUUAAAAAGAAGAUUUUGUACAUUUUAUAGUAACUCAAAAAACCUCAUUGUAAAGCAUUGUAUUGCCUUUAUAAAGACACGUAUAGCAUCUCAUAGGUGCAGUCUAGCCAUCAUGAAAGCAUAUUUAGAAACAAUAAAGCACUGGAUCCUUUAACUGUGAUUGAUGCAUAAUGCAUUAAAGCUUCAUAUUAUAUUGCUCAGCCGAUCCUAUUGCGCUCAAUGAAUCAACAAGGUGGUUCAUAAGUUGUUAUAGAAGUGUUUCACACAAAGCCUUAUGUGUUUUAAAUACAUAAUGGAUUCAGGCUGUUAGACCUGCCCUCUUUGUGGACGGCCAUUUUUACUUAAAACGCCAGAAACGCAAGCUUCGUUCCGUUAUGGGUGUACGAUGUUUUGCUGCCAGCAUGCCAUUGUGAUUGUUCAAUAUAGUAUAUGAGAAAUGUGUUUAUUGUACUCCUGUAUAUAUUUUCUUAACUAACAAUGUGAUAUGCAGUUAUUUUCCUCGGAAAAGCAUAUCAUUUGUAUAUUAUUGAAUGAAUAGGUACCCUUUGAUAUUGGCCAAAACCCAAAGUAGAACAAAUAAAACUGAAUGUGAAAUCAAAAUGUAUUGAAAUAAGAUUGACUAUUCAAGGAAAUAAUUAUAUAUUUUGCACAAAAUGAAGAAUGGUUCUCAAAGCCUUUGGCUUAAUGCACACUUCAAUGAUAAUUAUGUACUCAAAACUUUGCUUGCACGCGACAGCUUUUAAUGCUGAAGUUUUCAUCCAAGCGUCUCAACUCUUAAACUUCUCUUCAGGGUUAUUUAUUUCAGGCUCAGUAUUUUAGACUGUGUGCUAAAUAUAAUCAAAACUAUGGAAACUGUGCAAAAAGCCUUAAUCAAACAGGAUAACAGACUACAGAAGCAAAUGAAGGUACACUGUGUCCUUGUGUGAUGUAUCUGAAGCUGUUUGCUCUAAAAGAGGAAAUGCAGUGUGAUGAAUGUGUUGGAUAACAAAAGGAAAUGAGGUUUAGGUUAUCGCAGGAGAAGUUGUGGGACAGAUAACCUAGUCUUGCUUGUUUUAACGUGUUCAUUUGACAGAAAUUAAUAGAAAUUCUGUGUGUAGAAUAUAAAAGGGAAGAAUGUUGGGUUCUACAGCUAAAGCUAACCCUACAAAACAAGUUUCACCAAAGAUUUUCACCACAAACAAAUGGUUUUAAAUGUUCUUGGAAACUGCCUCAAGCUGUGUUAACUGAUAUUAUUUUACUCCCGUCCUCCUGCAGAGGCUUCUGGGAACUCGACCUACUAAAAUAUCUUGUGCACACAUGAAGGGUCAAAUAAAGAAUCAUGAUUUAAAGAGUAAAAAAUAACUUUUCAUGAGGUUAAGUAUUUUGUUAAAUCCCCCCCAAAAAUAUAUUUUUCAAAGUGAUGUGUAGCCGAAUUUUAGGGAUGAAUGAUUUUUGAUAUUGCAUAAUUACAACCUUUGUAUUGCCAUUGUAAUUUUUUGUAUUUUUUUUCUUAAGGAGAAUCUUUGGGGACAGUAUUAACAAUGUGAACAAAGCUGUUGUGGGCCCAAGCACACUUUCACUGCGCUGCAAAUGAUAUUGAGUCCUACAUGUGAUCCACGAUGGUGGGUCGUUUGUAUGAAUCACCCUCGGAUUAAGGAGUUUGUGUGAACAGGACAGCCUGGGAAAUGCUGCCCUCUGCAUCCUAAUGUUUGUCUUGGCAUGAUGUGUGAUUAUGAUCUCAUAACAAUGAGUUGUGUUAUUUUUAUGGUCUAACAUGUGUAUGCAAAUCUCAGUUUUUCUCUGCCUGCAUUGACAAUAGAGACGAACUGCACAGAAGUAUUUAUUUUCAUAAUUUAUCCUGUUUUGUAAACAAAUAUUUGUAAUAGACUAGAACAUUAGUAUAUUUUAUUAUAUUCAAUAAACCAAGCCAAUACUCAAAAUGAUUGCUGGUGUUUAUUUUACAGACAGUAUCAUGUUGAUUUAAUGCAUGAAUCAAAAGUAUUGCUCGCAUCUAAUUAUUCAUUUUGCAGCUUUAUGUCUCUUACAUGAGCAGAUCUGUUCUUUGGACCGAGACUCGAGAUGACCCAGGCGACACGUUUUGCCACCAGGUGGCAACAUUUCUCCACAUCCAAUUUAUUU